AACGACGAAAGCACAUCGCCAAUUCCUGACAGAACGCUCGUCGGGACGAAGGCACGGCAGCAUGGCUCCACCAUUACGGAACAACGCAUAUACGCUCUGUCAGAACGUCACUCGUCUCGUCGACGCAGAACGGAUAAAACAAACACCAGCAUGGUACCAAGCAGUCCUCCGCUUUCCUGGCGCCCAAUUCACGCCGAACGGCAUCAUCCCGGCCCAGCAAGGCCAGUUCCGCAAACCCACGACCACCGCAUCACCAUCGACGCCAUUCUCUACGACCGAACACAAUCUCUAUAAGCGCGGGAACAGGAACUAUAAGCCAAAAUAUGUGACGAGGCCACCGCGCAUUGUAUACCCCGAAGACGAGAUCAGAAGAGCGUUCUAUAGGUGGCAUCCUCUGGAGUUAAGGAGGCCGCGGUCGCUGGUUGAGACUGAGGAGACGCUAGGGGUGAAGGAUUGGUCUACCAUUUUCGGGGAUGGUUCUUUCCCGACAGGAGAGAGUGUUGUCCAACACACCCUUUUUCUGAUGGAUCAGCAAGGGUUGACGCGGCAUGCCGCGUAUCAGAAGGCACUGACAGCUUUCUAUGACGCUCGUGGGAAAAUCGAUUACCACCGAGCACUGGAACGAAGGGAGGCAGAGGUUUUGGCGGAACAGCAGAUGUUGGCCGAAGAGGAAGCCGAAGAGGAAGCAAAGGCGGCAAACUUGAAGUUGGCAGACGGCGAUGGCAAGAUACAGGCUGAGGCGGAAAAGAUGGGCAAAGAUCCAGUAAAGGAGGAGAUGAGGUUUUGGCUGCAUAAGAAGGUUACGAAGGAAUUCGUGGAUGCGGAGGAUCUUCAGCUUCAGGAUUCCAGCGCUUAUGAGGAGGAGAUGUCGAAGGCUAAAAACGCCCAGGAAGAGAUUAGGAACAAAAUGGCUCAGUACGAAAAGAGAAAUCUUUCCGACGAGUCUGCACCCGGGAGCGCAUAGAUAUGGACGACUGCUAAAUAUUCUUCCAUCGUACCCUGUCUGGCACGACCUAUGCACAUUGGCAUCGGCCGGUCGUGGGGUCUCGGAUGGAACCGCAUCUCCGCAUCAAAUGUACAGCUUUGUAAAUUAAUCGAAAGCAUCUCAGACACCACGUAGGACCAGCUUGGUCCAGUAUAGUUGCGGAGUGAUUAGAUGGCAUGAGCUCGACGGAAUGGACCAAAUGUACGUGAAAAUAUGGGUAGUCUAGAGUAUGUAUCAAGUUGUGCUACAUCUAGGUCUACGUUUACUUUCCACCGCUGGUACCCAUUCCCAUGACGGUCUUGAACGUGUCAUAAAUCCACCAUUGCAGACCUGG